UCUCCUACCUAUUUUACUAUUCAGCUCAAAGCAAUGAACAUGAUAAACGAUAUUUGCAGUCUAUCAGCUCAGACUUUCUACGCCUGAGCGUGUCAAUUACUUGCUUCGAUUGUUUAUAUUCAUUUGAGUUAGGAGCAGGACACAGUCACACCCACCCCAAUACAAAAGAAUUUCGUCGGAUGGGUGCCACCGCCAUACAAGUUGUCGCCCUCUUCUUCUGUCUCUUCUUUUCCUCAGCUACAGCAGCAGCAAGAGCCAAUGAAUUAUGCUCAAGUUCGAUGUGCGGCGACAAUGGGUUAACCGUUCGGUUCCCCUUCAGAAUAAAAGCUAUGCAGCGGCAGCAGCACUGUGGUUAUCCGGGGUUCGAUCUUAGUUGCAGUAGUAAUCUAGGCAAGACGAUUCUGAAGCUGCCAUUCUCGGGAGGAUUCUGGGUAAAGAAAAUCGAUUAUGUUAGACAGGAGAUACGAAUCGGGGAUCCUGGGAAUUGCCUCCCCAGAAGGCUAUUACAUCUGAACCUUUCGGGGUCUCCUUUCAAGGGUGAAUUCUACCAGACCUACCAGUUCUUCAACUGCUCGUCAGACUUUCCAGGAUUCCAGUUCGAUUAUAUUCCUUGUCUCAGUAGCUCCACCCACAUGGUGUUCGCUACCUCUUACAUUCCAUUCGCUGGAUAUGUGCCCGCCACAUGCGACUUGAUUUCAACCGUUUCGAUUCCAGUUGUAUGGCAAGAAGAUUAUGAAAGCAACUUCGGGCGGUUUCCAUUGUUUGAAUUAAGCAACGAGCUCCAGCUAACAUGGGACUCGCCCAACUGCGGAGAUUGCGAAGCGAGAGAUGGCAAGUGCGGAUUCAUGACAAAUUCCACCCUUGAAACUGGAUGUUUCGAUGUUCCUCGACGCGGUAUUACAAGGAACGUCCGGUACGCCAUAACAAUAGGAGUGGGCAUACCGGCGUUCAUGUGCGCAAUUGGGGUCGGAUGCUACAUCUGCAGCAAGUUGAGGUCAUACAGUGGGAGGCGAAACAUGGACAGCGAAUUGACUACAUCAGUUGUCACACCACAGGCGCUGACCUCCACCACUGUAGUGAAUGUGAAGGGGCUUGACGGAGCCACCAUAGAGUCCUACCCAAAGCUGGUCCUGGGCGAGAGCAGGCGGCUGCCGACGCCCGACGAUAACACAUGCGCGAUAUGUCUGUCGGAGUACCGGCCGAAGGAGACGCUGCGUAGCAUACCUGAGUGUAAGCACUGCUUUCAUGCUGAUUGCGUCGAUGAGUGGCUGAGGAUCAACGCCGCUUGUCCCCUUUGUCGAAAUACGCCAGGCCCAUUACCACCUCCUGAUGAUGCUACGGGAUCCCACAUUUAAUUUCACUAUUAUUUAAUUUAUUACCUUCAAACUUCCAUCUCCAUUAUUUGUUAUGUUUAUGUGCUUGUGUAUAGCCUCUUCUCUUGCUGUGAUUUUUAAGGCCUCUCUUUCAAUUUUGUAUUUUGUAUUUUACAUUACAGGUUUUCUUGUCUUUCAAUUUUACAGAAAUAAUGCUAGCCUUUGUGGUAUAAGGUAUUUGUAAUCCUCUAUGUUUAGAGAGAGGAACAAGAAUAUCGAGAUAUUUGAUUGUGUCCAGAUUACUUUUGGCACACUAGCCAUAUGUUGUACAUCAAGACCAAAGGAGGUUGACAUAGACCCUCAUAAUUGUAGAAACUUGAUGGCUGUGGAACUAAUGAUAAGGUUAUUAAUCAUUAAUAAAUUCAUGAGCCCC